AUGAGUGUUUUGAGUGGUAUAAGUAAAGCUGACUUCAAAACGGCUAGCGAUGGACUGUUGGAGCUGUCAGAAGAGAAGCUUCGCAACAUCAUGAGGUCGGAGCCCAUCACAGAUACUUAUCACGUGGAACAGACUCCGUUUGCAAGAAUUAUAGUGGAUUUAGUUAGACACGCGCCCCGAAUAUUUGGUUCAGAUUCCUCAGAGACUAUCCGCGCUAAUAUCUUAUUCGUGUCAUUAGCGCGAAAUGCCAGGGGUUUGGCAGCUGGCGCCCGCCCCGGCCGCGGCGUUCCCUUGCGGCCGAUGCACCGCUUUGGCCCGCUCUAA